AGAAUUGCAUGCCGCGAUCCCAGUUCAUCACCCUUGUUCAUCACCUCCCCCCUCCCUCACUCCCUCCUCCUCAUACCAUCCCAUCCCAAACUCAGAAAAUAUAAAAUCAUACCACAUCCCCAUCGACCCCCGUCUCCUCCACCUAUUCUCUCCGGCCACAGUCCCCAUCCUUACUUGACUCACUUCCCGGGCCACCACUCACAGAUCCGACAAACCCAAACACCUUGGGUUUGGGAUUCAACAGGCAGAGUCCGCGAUCUCGACUGGAGCGACUACGAAGAAGUCUUUGCUAUUGACUGACUGUGUCAAACAAACAUCAUUGACGGCCUUUCCUCUAAGAUAUUUUCUAAUUAGUAAUUGGAGCUUCACGGAAGGUGCUUCCUUUAACCCCUCUCCUGUAUUAUAAUAUGGGUAUGUACACAACUGUCUAAACUAGCACUUUUUGUCUACUAGUAAACAACUCUCUCUCUCUCUCUCUCUCUUCUACCCAUGGAAAAAAGUGGAAGCAGAUCCUUCACCUUGUCUUGGUGGCCUUUCGUUCUAGCCUUUCUUGUUCUUUGCUUUUGCGGUGAAACUUGUAACGCUAAGGAUGAUAGUAAGUCUUCAUGUACCUCCUCCUGCGGCCUUAUCCAUAACAUAACUUAUCCUUUUCGACUAAACGAUGAUCCGAAGACAUGUGGCGAUACCUUAUUCCGGUAUACUCUUUCCUGCGAGAACAACAAUACAACAGUUCUAGAUCUACCUUAUUCCGGUAAAUACCACGUACAGGCAAUCAAUUACAAGAACCAAACAAUCCGACUUCUAGAUCCUGGCCUUGACAACAACAAUUGCUCUUCCCUGCCUCAAAAUUGGCCGCCCAAUUAUUUUCCAUAUCCAUAUACAUAUGGUUCGCCGCUUUCAACGUCAGUAUAUUACUUGAGGUGUAGAAACCAAGUAAAUUCUUCUCUGUACGUGGAUACUGCUCCAUGCUUGAAUAAUAGUGCCACUUCUUUGAUCCAACCUAAAUCUUACAGUUAUGUCAUGGUUCACCCUGCAAUGGAAGAUUUGAAUGAGGGUUGCAGAGUCGAGAGGAAGGCUUCGAUGCUCUGGUACUACUAUAAUGCCUCUUAUAGCUAUGAAUAUAUACACAGUGCACUCAUGUAUGGCUUUGUGCUUCGAGUGCAUUGGCCUGAUGAACAAAGUUCACCCUGCAAUGGCUCAUAUUACUUUGUUCAUCCUAAAUGUUAUCCACGCACCAUCCCAGGUUUCUUUCAAUAUGAAUGGGCUCAAAUCCUGCAUGGAUGGGAAAUACUGAUGAGCAUCGGCUUAUUUUUUCUAGCAAGACUACUGUUUGGCGUUCCAAUUGCGGCUGUAUUUUUAGUCUAUAAAUGGCGAAGAAGACAUUUGUCAAUGUAUAGUACAAUAGAAGACUUUCUACAGCGCGAUAAGAAUUUCAUGCCUAUAAGGUACUCUUACUCGGACAUCAAGAAGAUGACUCGCAAGUUUAAGGAUAAGUUGGGCGAAGGCGGCUAUGGCUCAGUAUUUAAAGGAAAGUUACGCAGCGGCCGUUUUGUAGCAAUUAAAGUUCUGGGCAAGUCCAAAGCUAAUGGCCAAGAUUUCAUUAGUGAAAUAGCUACCAUUGGAAGGAUUCACCAUGCCAAUGUGGUGCGACUCGUUGGUUAUUGUGUUGAGGGAUCAAAGCGUGCUCUAGUAUAUGAGUUCAUGGCUAAUGGCUCUCUUGAUAAAUACAUUUAUUCCAAAGAAGGAAGUGUGCCUUUAACUAUCGACAAAAUGUAUGAGAUUUCUCUUGGAGUGGCUCAAGGGAUUGAGUAUCUACAUCAAGGUUGCGCGAUGCAAAUUCUCCAUUUCGAUAUCAAGCCUCAUAAUAUUCUUCUUAAUGAGAACUUCAAAGCAAAGGUUUCUGACUUUGGGCUAGCAAAGUUGUAUCCCGUCGAUAAAAGCAUUGUCACGUUGACGGCAGCGAGGGGUACAAUGGGAUAUAUUGCUCCUGAAUUGUUUUACAAAAAUAUUGGAGGCGUUUCACACAAGGCCGAUGUCUAUAGUUUCGGAAUGUUGUUGAUGGAAAUGGCAAGCAGAAGGAAGAAUUUGAAUACAACGGUAGAGCAUUCAAGCCAAUUCUACUUCCCACUGUGGGUAUACGAUCAGUAUAAUGUGGGAAAUGACUUGGAGAUGGACAAUGUAACAGAGGAGGAAAAGAAUGUAAUCAGAAAGAUGGUUAUAACCGCCUUGUGGUGCAUUCAAAUGAAGCCAACCGAUCGCCCUUCGAUGCACAAAGUCAUCGAGAUGCUUGGAGGAGAUGUUGAAUGUCUGCAAAUGCCCCCCAGGCCUUCUCUAUGCCCACAAGAGACUCCUAUGGCUGUGGGUGACAUUCAAGACCCAAUAUGUUCAAACGUAGAGAUAACAUGUUCUUUGGCAGGUAGGUGAUGAUCAAGUUCUUAGUUAUAAAAGUGAAAUAAUGU